AUGGCUGCCGCUUUCCGCCCGGCCAACAACGGUCCUGGGCAUUCCGAGGCCUUGCAUGAAGGCCGACCCCCGAGCGCAUCGCUACAAUCAUCUGAGAACAGAGCUCAGCAGAUGCAUUCGACUGCUCCGAUGGACGACGCAACGACUCCUACCAGGGCCACCUUCAGUCGUGGCAACUCGGCUGCUGGGGCGAAUAGAAACAGCACUGGGCUGGUGUCACAGAAGCCUUUACCAACAUCACCAUUCCCCGAUGCCGUUCAGGUUCCCGAGCCAUCCGAAAAGCCGUCAUCACAAGGAGAAAAUUCUCAACAACCAACCACUCCAGCCGAUUCGGAAGACGUCGAUAUGAACGCAUCCGAAGGAGAAGACGGAGGAAACGAUGACGCAGGAUCCGACGAUGACAGCCUCAACGCUGAUGGCACCAAGUCCAAGAACAAGAAGAAGUCGCAACGCUUCUAUUGCACUGACUAUCCACCUUGUAAUCUUAGCUUCACCAGAAGUGAACAUCUGGCUAGGCACAUUAGAAAGCACACGGGCGAAAGACCGUUCAUGUGCCAUUGCACAAGAAGGUUUUCGAGACUCGACAACCUGAGACAGCAUGCCCAAACUGUCCAUGUCAACGAAGACAUUCCGGCAGACUCGCUGGCCGUGGCGAGUUCCAGGUUUGUCCGACAGGUGCGACCGGAUCGCGUGCGACCCAACGGCAGGGCCAGGACAGGAACUGGUGGCAGCGCUGGCGGGCCAGCUCGUGGCCACUCUAAGUCCUUGUCGACAUCUAGCAUAGCCAGCAUCGGCUCUUUGGGAUCCAACUAUAGCAAUGCACCACGCGAUGAUCCCGCCCGACGACGUCCUCCACCACUGGUUAUGGCCGAUCCCCGAUCGAGACUGUCACUCGAAUCAUACCGCAGCGGUGUUGACAGUCAGUAUUCAUAUCGAGCAGCAUCACCCAGCGACUUUAGCACCCCGACGUCAGCUACUUUCUCCACUGGCCAGAGCAGUCCGCGGUGGGCAUCGGGGAUGGCAUCACCUACAACCUCUCACUCGCGUGCUCACAGUAUGUACAGCACCGGCAGUCAGACCCCCGGAAGGCGACUUUCUGUGCCAUCUGUUGCUGGAAAUCCUUUUCAGUCUCCACACGGCGCGACCCCUGCGGUCGGGAGACCUAUGUUUGGACCAUCAGGGCUUAACACAUCACAUUCAGGCGUCUUUUCUCCCAGCAGUGCCAGCCUGCUCUCGUCGCCCACUCUAUCUCCGGCGGGCGGUUGGUCUCGGCGCGAAUCAAUGUCAGAGGCAGAAGCGAUGGAAUGGAGACGAAGAACGUGGCACGUUGAGCGAGACUUCAAUGUCGGUGGCAGCCGCCUCAGCAAAGUUAUGAAUGUCGAUGAGCCCAUGACCGCUCCUGAUGGGUCUGUCCGGCUGCCUGGCAUUGAGUCCUUCGACGUGCCUACCCCCCUUACUCCCCCUCGUAGGAUACCAUCACCAAUGAUGGUAGACUCUGAGCCAAACGCACCCCCUGCCCUCCUACUACCAGAUACGAGGCCGCGGGCAGAGGCCCAUCGCCCCCCGCAGUGGGACAGGGAUAUGAGCCUUCACCGAGGCCUCACCAAAUUGGAUAUUACAUCGAGCAGCUCACCACGCGACAGUGCUGGCGCUUGGGCAAGCGAGGCCAACAGCGCGGUACAAGCACAGGCUGAGCACGUACGAGAGCAAAUUCGCACCCAGCCCACCGUCAGGUUCGAUCCCGAGACGCGCGUGGUUCCGAUUCCAAACCCGGCCCCCUUAGGCCCACCCCCUACUAGCAGCAAUAACAUGUUCAGAGGCCAUCAGCACACGAUGUCUGCGCCCUCUAUUACCUCUCGUGAGUCCAAGAGGCAUGGCUGGUACCAUCGGCCGAACCCAAUGACUAUCCAUGCCCGUAUAAACGAGGGUACGGAGCCCAGGGAACAGAGGGUAUCGCACGUGGACCGGAUGAUGCAUCCGAACUUCAGCGGAUUUUCAGGUUUCCCCGCUAGGGAAAACCCAUCGCCACGACACUCGGUACCAGCAUCAAAUCCGCAGGUUACGCCUAUCAACCGACCUGGUGAACAGCACGGUGAAAGAGGCCAAAACCAACAGCCUGAUACUUUGGACCGAUUCAAGACUCUCGUCGCCGCUGCUACGGGAGGUGUGCCGACGGCUACCGCUUGCUAGGAACAAACAGACGCUUAAACGGGCUGCACGGUCACGUCCCAUCUCUCGUCGGCCGUAUCAAACAUUGACCAUGACACAUACAUCUCCUUUCUUCACGACUUUUACGACUUUCUCCUUUGUGCUUAUCCUGAAUUGAAUUUCUUGUAGCGCGCAGUUAUGACUGGAGGCACAGCACAGCAUUGAGACGAAGACGGAACUUGAUUCCACCCAGGGCAACCGGACUUUCUUUUCCUUUUCGUUCACGAUGUUGCAUACUCUCUGAUACGGUCUGCGUUUACUUUAUUUGCUCUUCUUAUUUCGCUAACUUCUGCAUUCAAAGUCUUCUCAUGUUUGACGCUGCCAUGCUUUUCAUUCAUCUUUCCUUUCAGGUCGGCUGUCUGUCUGUGUUUUUGGUUCAACAACAGCCAGGUGAAAUCGCUAGAGCUCUUUUGGUCAUUUACUGCUCGAGCGUGGUUAUAGUCAGUUACUUGCUGGCCUACCCAUACUUGGGAUUGCAUUAAUCUUCUAUGUUAGGUUUGGUUUCUUUCAAGUGAUAGCACCUAGCCAUCCAGGUACCCUUGUGAGCUAACAGCGAUAAUCUCGACUUCAUUUACUAUGUACAAGCUUGCUGCCCUGGUUUUUUUUUUGGUUUUUUUUUUGGAUAGCAUGGAACUUGGCUUUUUUGUGGGAUCAUCAUGGAAGGUCUACGGCACUGUCUUUCACCGG